AUGUCUCCCUUCAACCUCGAAACCUGCGCUCGCCCCAACAUCCUCGCCCUGCAACCCUACCGUUGCGCCCGAGACGACUACAAAGACGACGGCACAAACAUCCUCCUCGACGCAAACGAAAACGCCUACGGCCCCUCCCUCUCCCCCUCCUCUCCCUCCUCCUCCUCCUCCAGCAACGACGACAACAGCAAAGAUGCCCCCAAGAUCGACCCCCUCGGCCUGCACAGAUACCCAGACCCCCACCAGCACGACCUCAAGCAGCUGCUCUGCAACCUGCGCAACACCCACGCCCACACCCCCAAGACGCUCACCCCGGCGAACCUCUUCGUCGGCGUCGGCAGCGACGAGGCCAUCGACGCCCUCCUGCGCUGCUUCUGCGUCCCCGGCAAGGACCGCAUCCUGACCUGCCCCCCGACCUACGGCAUGUACGCCGUCUCCGCCCAGGUCAACGACGUCUCCAUCGUCAGGGUCCCGCUCCUCCCCGCGCCCACCUUUGCCCUCGACGUGCCCGCCAUCUCCGCCGCACUUGAUGCCGACCCGUCCAUUAAGCUGCUCUACCUCUGCUCCCCCGGCAACCCCACGGGCUCCCUGCUCGCCAAGUCCGACGUCGUCACCCUCCUCAACCACCCGUCCUGGAACGGCGUCGUCGUCCUCGACGAGGCCUACAUCGACUUCGCCCCCGACGACGCCUCCCUCGCCGAGCUCGUCGCCGAAUACCCCAACCUCGUCGUCAUGCAGACCCUCUCCAAGGCCUUCGGCAUGGCCGGCAUCCGCCUCGGCGCCGCCUUCGCCCCCGCCCCCAUCGCCGCCCUGCUCAACAGCCUCAAGGCCCCCUACAACAUCUCCAGCCCGACCAGCGCCCUCGCCUCCGCCGCCCUCGGCCCCGCGGGGCUCGCCGUCAUGCGCGCCAACAGGGACAAGCUGCUCGCCCAGCGCGACCGCCUCCUCCGCGAGCUGCCCGCCGUCGACGGCGUCGGCAGGCUGCGCGGCGGCACCGAGAGCAACUUCUUGCUGUACGAGAUGCUGGACAAGGACGGCAAGCCGGACAACGGCGUGGCGCUGGCCGUCUACGAGAGGCUUGCCGAGACAAAGGGCGUCGUCGUGCGCUUCAGGGGUAAGGAGCACGGCUGCGAGGGGUGCCUGAGGAUUACGGUCGGCACGGAGGAGGAGGUUACCCGGUUCUUGGAGGCGUUGAAGAAGACGCUGGCUGAAGUAAGGGGGACUGCUUGA